CAGAAUUACAUUUACGUAGCAUAAAAAGCUAAAUCUUUAUCAUCAUCUACCAAGAUGAAUGUUUAUAAAAGAGAGGAUUACUAUAAAGAAAGUAGCAUUGAAUACCCACAUUGUGAUACAUGUGGAUUUUGGAUCAAAUAUGAUAAAGCAGGUAUUCCUCAAACUAAGACCAAGAAAAUAUUUUGUGUAAUGAAACAAGAACUUUAUCUUCUUCUUAUACAAAUAUUGGACUAUGAAAAAAAUGACAAAAAUACAAAGUCAGCAGUUGCUUUGUCUGACAAUAAUCAGUUAUUUAAAACUGAAAAAUAUGAAGAAUUUCAAGAAAAUCACAAAUCUUUAUUGGAAUUGUUCUUUGACAAAGAAUGUUAUGAAGCAAAAUCAUUACCUAUGUUAAAAUCUAUGAAUGACAUAAGAUUUGUUUUUAUAGAUAUAAAAAGUGAACUUCAUUUUAUGUCAAAUGAAUUGGUAAAAUAUAAAGUAAAUGUAGAAUGUUAUUCGCAAAGAAGUUACUUUGGUUUCUCAUGGCUUUUACAAAUAUCUACUGAAGAAAUAUACUAUAUGAUCGACUGCUUGAAACUUCAGAAAGAGUUAUAUAUCUUGAAUGAUAUUUUUAUGAACCUAGAGAUUAUGAAAAUUUUUCAUGAUGGAGAAAAUGCUGUUCUUAGAUUGUUUAAAGGUUUUUUGAAUUUUUGUUGUAAAUAUGUUUGAUACUGCCAUACUCAACAAAAUUGUAAUGGAUUCUAAAGAAAAAAACUUGUUACCAACUCAUAUUAAUUUUGAACCAAGUCAAAUCCACACUCAUUUCCUAAUCUUUUUUAAAACGUAUUUAAUCAAUUCCAUAAAUAAGGUACACAAGAAAAAGUUCUUGAAAACUAUGCGUCAAAAUUGUAAGAAAAUAUGCAGUAGUGUUCAUCAUAAAAUCAACUGGAAGAAAAUAGAUUUACAAAUUUAUGACACAGUUAAAAAUAAAGAAUAUUAUAUUGCAAAGGAAUUAUUGAAAUGGAGAGAAGUUGUUGCUAAAAAAGGUGAGUCUCCUAACUUCAUACUAUCAGAUAAUGAUAUUUUGAAAAUAUCACAGGAUUUGAUUCAUUGAAAUAGUUCUACCCUCAGUAAAUAUUAUGGAGAAAAAUUUUUACACAAUAAAGACACAUUUUUUAAUAUUAUUAAUGUUCUAACCGAAGUUAAUAAAAGGAAUAUUGGAAGGAAGAAAAUACAAAACUUAUUGUUAAAUGAUGUACAAUAUCAACCUUCUUUUGAAGGUAAAUUAGAUUUGAAAGCUGUUGAAAAUCUCAAGAAACUUGAUAAAAAAAAACAGGAUCAAAAGAGAAAAAAACAAAAACUAAAGAGAGUUGCAAAAUUUUAAUUACUUUAAGAAUAAUUAUAAU